UCCCCAUCGGGCCGACCUCGGGCGCGGGCCCCGGGGCCCUGCUGCGCGCGAUGGGCCCCCCAGCCCAGCCCUGAGCCUCCCGUCUAGGUCCCUUGCAGCAGUCUCCACCAACUUCUACCUGGGAAGUCCACUCUGCCCCUUUUUCUUGGCCCAGGGACACCUCGGCAACCCUGACACCGAAGACCCUCCGGAGUGCCCAGAAAGGUCCCCCGGGGUGGCCAGUGCCUCCCGGGCUCUUUCUGGAUGGAGGCGCCUCCGGAAGGAGCCGGCUGAACGCCCAGCCUUGGCCUUCACCUAGCUGUCUCUGCUGACCACACCUCCCCCAGCGCAGAGGCUGCCACAGGCGGGAAAUGCUGUACCAGCACAGCCUGCUCCCGGGGAUCCUGGUGUGACCUCCAGGAUGGAGCUGGGCCCGGCCACAGAGACCUUCGUGUUGGAGCUUCGAUGUCUUGAGGAUGGAGGCCCAGGACCUGACACGCUCUCGGGUGGCAGCGGUGGGAGUGAGAGCCAGGAGGAGGAAGAGGCUCCUGAGGGGAGUAGCAGCCCACAGCCACCAGCGGUCACAGCUCCAGCGGGGGUCAGUAACAUCACUGAAGAAACCCAGCCGCGACAGCGGGACUUACAACCGUCUCAGUCAGAGCAGCAGCCAGAGGUGCAACCACAGCCUCAGCUCGAGCAGUCACAGCAGUCGCAGCCACAGGAGCAGCUGCUGGGACCUCAGCCAGGAUUGCAGCAGCAGCAGGGUGAGCCACAGCACUUUUCUCAGCCACAGCAAGAGCUACAGGACAACCUCCCAUGCAUACAGCACCAGGAACCGACACCUCAAGGGCAGCUCGUGCAACAGAAGAGACAAGGACAGGGACAGCAAGGGCAAGAGCGGCAGCAGGAACAGAUACAACGGCCGGGACAGGAGCAACAACUCGUGCAGCAGCAGCAGCAGCAGCAGCAAGGGCAACAGACAUUACGGCAGCACGACCAGUUACAGCAGCAGCAAGUGCCAGGACAGCUGGUGCAACCACAGCAAGUGCAAGGCCAGCUAGUGCAACCGCAGCAAGUGCAAGGCCAGCUAGUGCAACCGCAGCAAGUGCAAGGCCAGCUAGUGCAACCGCAGCAAGUGCAAGGCCAGCUAGUGCAACCGCAGCAAGUGCAAGGCCAGCUGGUGCAACCGCAGCAAGUGCCAGGACAGCUGGUGCAACCGCAGCAAGUUCAAGGCCAGCUGGUGCAACCGCAGCAAGUGCCAGGACAGCUAGUGCAACCGCAGCAAGUGCAAGGCCAGCUGGUGCAACCGCAGCAAGUGCAAGGCCAGCUGGUGCAACCGCAGCAAGUGCAAGGCCAGCUGGUGCAACCGCAGCAAGUGCCAGGACAGCUAGUGCAACCGCAGCAAGUGCAAGGCCAGCUGGUGCAACAGCAGCAAGUGCCAGGACAGCUAGUGCAACCGCAGCAAGUGCCAGGACAGCUGGUGCAACCGCAGCAAGUGCAAGGCCAGCUGGUGCAACCGCAGCAAGUGCCAGGACAGCUGGUGCAACCGCAGCAAGUGCCAGGACAGCUGGUGCAACCGCAGCAAGUGCAAGGCCAGCUGGUGCAACAGCAUCCGCAAGUGCAAGGCCAGCUGUUGCUGCAGCAACAAGUGCAAGUAGUGGAGCACCCGCAAGUGCAAGCCCAGCUAGUGCAACAGCAGCAACAGGUGGAAGGGCAGCUGUUGCUGCCGCAGCAAGUGCAAGGUCAACUGUUGCAGCAGCAAGUGCAGGAACAGCUAGUGCAGCAGCCACAACAAGUGCAGGUGCAGCUAGUGCAGCAGCAAGUGCAAGGCCAACUGUUGCUGCAGCAGCAAGUGCCGGGGCAUCUAGUGCAACCGCAGCAAGUGCAAGCACAGCUGUUGCUGCAGCAGCAAGUGCAAGGCCAGCUGGUGCAACCGCAGCAAGUGCAAGCACAACUGUUGCAGCAGCAUCAAGUGCAAGGCCAGCUGUUGCUGCUGCAGCAAGUUCAAGGACAACAGACAUUGCAGCAGCAGGUGCCAGGGCAACUGUUGCAACAGCAGCAGCAAGUGCCAGGACAACUGUUGCAAGAACAGAUACAGCAGCAGCAGCAACCACUCCAGCAGCAGCAGCCACUACAGGAGCAGCUGCAGCUGCAGCAGUUGCAGCAACAUGCACAAGAACAACAACUGUUGCAACAGGGGCAGCCACAGCAGCAGGAACAGUUACAACAACAACAGCCUCUUCAGCAGCAGCAACUGUUGCAGCAGCAGGGACAUCUGGAGCAGCAGCAGCUGCAGCUGCAACAACAGCAGCUACUCCUGCUGCAGCAGCAGGAACAGUUACAGCAGCAGCUGUUGCAGCAGCAGCAGCAGGCCCAGAUCCAACAGCAGCUCUUGCUGCAGCAGCAGGAACAGUUACAGCAGCAGCCUCCACCCCUGGAGCCGGAGGAGGAGGAAGAGGUGGAGUUGGAGCUCAUGCCAGUGGACAUGGAGACGGAGCAGGAGCUGGAGCAGCAGCGGCAGGAGCUGGAGAGGCAGCAGGAGCAGCGGCAGCUGCAGCUCAAACUGCAGGAGCAGCUGCAUCAGCUGGAGCAGCAGCUGGAGCAGCAGCAGCAGCUGGAGCAGCAGCAGCAGCUGGAGCAGCAGCAGCAGCUGGAGCAGCAGGAGGUGCAGCUGGAGCUGACCCCCGUGCAGCCCGAGCUGCAGCUGGAGCUGGUGCCUGCACCCGCGGGCAGCGGGGAGGCGGUCCCUGGGGCUCCCGCGGCCGUCGUGGUGGCCCCGCCGGGCUACGUGGUGUUGCAAGAACUCAUGGUUGUGCCGGCCGUGGCCACGUCCACCGUGGUGGCCAUCCCGGGCCCGGCGGGCAGCGCGGCGCUGACACCGGCCCGGCAGCGGAGGCGGCGACGCGCCAGGGACCGGCCGACCAUCUGCGGGGAGUGCGGCAAGGGCUUCAGCCGCAGCACCGACCUGGUGCGGCACCAGGCCACGCACACGGGCGAGCGGCCGCACCGCUGCGGUGAGUGCGGCAAGGGCUUCUCGCAGCACUCCAACCUGGUGACGCACCAGCGCAUCCACACGGGCGAGAAGCCCUACGCCUGCUCCUACUGCUCCAAGCGCUUCAGCGAGAGCUCGGCGCUCGUGCAGCACCAGCGCACGCACACCGGCGAGCGGCCCUACGCCUGCGGGGACUGCGGCAAGCGCUUCAGCGUCUCCUCCAACCUGCUGCGCCACCGGCGCACGCACUCGGGAGAGCGGCCGUACGUGUGCGAGGACUGCGGGGAGCGCUUCCGCCACAAGGUGCAGAUCCGCCGCCACGAGCGCCAGCUGCACGGGGCCGGCCGCUCGCGGGGCCUCGGCCUGCUGCGCUCCGCGCGGCCUGCGCAAGCCUCCGGGACAGCCGCCGCGGACAAGGCCUGAUGCACGGUGCACGCGUGGGCCUAGGGACCGGAAGACAGACAGCCUGGCCGCGGUGGGGCCUGACGCUUUGACCCAAGCUCGUGGUCUUGGCCCCACUUUGCAGUCUCGGGGACAUCCUGAAAUAUCCUUAGGAGCAGAAGGCUUUUACAUCUCUUCCUACACUACCCCCCACCCUAAAAACCAAAUUCACACAUCCACCCUGGCAAAAAGCCACCCACAAGAGAGCAGUUCCACGCGAAGAAAUGUAUGGAUGAGAGGGGCCAUUCGACUUUUUCUUUUCUUUCUUUCGGCCCCUGGGAAAACUGGACUCAGCAUUUACUUGUAACCAACAGCUAGUGCUGUUUGAUGUGGAGCCAACACUUCGGGAGUAAAACGCACAGGGUGAGACACAGUGGGGAAAGAAUGGAUCUUGCUGGAUAUUUCAAGAACGGGAAAAGAAAACUUUACCUGCCCUGCCCAGAGAACUCGACCAAGGCAACGGCUUGUCCUGAGUUACAUUUGCCUUGAAAAGACUUGCUAGGAUGAGCGCCCAUUAGGGCGGAAGUAGUUCUGAUGAAAAAGGCCUGUGUUCGUAGACACAGGGUCAGUGUCCACCGGGUCAAUGUGCAAAUACAUGCCAGGAAGCCCUACUCUGGGUGGAAGGUGAAAUCUUCCCUCCCUGGCAUGGAAGCAGGUUGUAGGCCUGUGUUACAAUGUUGCCAAAUCGUCUGCAACCCUUCACUGCCUCCAGGAAUGACAGCCGGCGGCUGAAGCAGAGUGCAUUCUGGGAGAGCGCUCUGUAAGUUCUGGAAGUGAGAAAGAGCCUGGAAAGAAUUUCCGGGUAGGGUCCUCCCCGCCCCCUCCCCCGCC